UGCUACGUAUCGGUGUAGCGAUAGCGUUUUCAUUAAAAACUGAUAUGCUAUAGCGCUAUAUCCCCGCUAUAGCCGCUAUUUGACAACAUUGUGCCUAUCAUACAUAUAUAUUUAGGUUUUAUUUAUUCAAUAAGAACAGAAUCAUUUUGCUUGUAAAAUUCAUGAAAUGCAUAUUCUAUUUCUGUAUAAAACCCAUAAUUAUCAUAUAUGACAGAAAUUUUAGAAUAGUUUACCAUAAAAUGGAAAAAAACAUCUGUUUUGGUGCCACAGGAAAUCAAGAAGGACUAGGUCCAGAACUUUUUGAGACUUUAGUGAAGAUGGCACCAAGCAAGGAAGAAGAGAUAAAACUUAGAGAAUAUAAUGGCGAGAUCUCUAAACUAGGCACAGCGGAGCGAUUCCUCAAGGCAAUACUUGAUAUUCCAUUUGCCUUUAAAAGAGUGGAGGCACUACUUUUUAAAGCAAACUUCAAUACGGAAGUAAAGUAUUUGAGGAAGUCUUUUCAAACCCUAGAGGAAGCCAGUGAAGAACUGAAGAAUAGUCGCCUAUUUCUUAAACUACUUGAAGCUGUUCUACGGACAGGAAAUCACAUGAACGGUGGUACUAACCGUGGUGAUGCAAAAGCUUUCAAAUUGGACACUUUGCUGAAACUAGUGGACAUAAAAGGAAAAGAUGGUAAGACAACCUUACUUCACUUCGUUGUCCAAGAGGUUAUCAGAUCAGAAGGAACAGGUACCAAUACAAGAAGUGAAAGUCAGCUGCAAAAAAGCAAUCUAAAAUUCAAUGAAGAAGAUUUCAAAAAGGAAGGAUUGCAGGUUGUAGCAGGGUUAAGCAAAGAGCUUGGCAAUGUAAAAAAUGCAGCAGGGAUGGACUCCGAUGUUCUGAGCAGCUAUGUAGCCAAGCUCGAACAGGGAUUUCAGACAGUCAGGAAGGUCCUGAAGUACGAGAGUAAUAUUGCACAAGACAAGUUUUUCGACUCGAUGAAAGUGUUUCUGGAAGAAGCUGAUGAUGAAAUCUCCAGGGUUAAGGCUGAAGAGAGAAAAGCCUUGUCCUUGGUGAAAGAGGUAACACAGUAUUUUCAUGGAGAUGAUGCGAAAAGAGAAGCUCAUCCCUUGAGGAUUUUCAUGGUCAUACGAGAUUUUCUCUCGAUACUAGAUAAUGUGUGCAAAGAUGUAGGGAGAAUGCAAGACAAAGCUACGAUGUGUUCAGGAAGAUCAUUCAGAAUAUCAGCAGCAGCGCCAUUACCGGUGCUUAGCAGAUACAACAUGCAGAAUGAUAGAAGCUCCGACGAUGAUAGCAUGUAAUACUGCAUAAGUCAAGAGAUAAUCAAUAUAACCAAGUAUAGCAAGAAUCAAACAGCCAUAUACUCACAUUGGAAUUAGACAGCUCUGAAUGCAUCAGCAGCAAAGUGGAAUGCAUACUGAAGAUCUUUAGUAGCAAACAAAGGAGACAUGUAAACAGCAGGUUUUGGAUUCUGAAUAAACACAUGUUGAUUCAACCAAGA